AUUUAUGUACGUAUUGCGAUAGUUUCUCUUCAGUAUAGGUACCUAAAAAUUUUAACAUUUUGAAGCAUUAACGCUCUUAAAUCAAUAUUAUAUAGAUAGUAAUGCGUUCUCAUAAAUUCUGUUCGAUUAUCUUAGUAUCAUAAAAACAGAAACGGAUACAGGAAUAUACUAGUUAUAAAAGUUUCUAUUCAGAGUAGGUACACAUUUUAUCACAUCCCACAACAUAAGUGUACAAUGAAUUUUAAUACUUUAAAAUUGUUGUUUUAUACGUUAGUAGUGCAUGUUAUUAAUCCAGAUAUUCCAAAUAAGGUUACAGCAUUUUUCGAAUGUCGUUCGAAUAGAAGUAAGUUAAAUAAAAUAGUAAACGAUUUUAAAAUGAACUAUGAUCUCAAAAAAGGCGCAGAAUAUAUUACUCAGGAUCAAGGAAAUGAAUUUGGAAACGUUUCUACAGAAUUUAUCAAUUUUGAAAUCGAUUUACUACUAAUAUUACAGCAGAUGGCCCACUUGCUUAAAAGAAGAAACGAAACUGGAUUCAUUCACAAAGAAUAUUUUUUAACGGUUUGUUCAUUGUUCCCGAGAUGUUUGGACUAUAUCAAUAUUAAUGUGUUUCAGAAUUUAAUAACAGUUAUGUUGAACAAAAUUCAUAUAGUUCUGUGUCACACAUUACCAACGUAUUUUAUAAAAAAUAUUAAUGCGUCACGGGAUGAUGCAGAAAAAGAACUUAUUUAUAAGGAAACUGACAGAAAUUUGACAUAUAUAAUAUCAAUGUUACAAAAUCAAACAAAAAAAAAUGACACUUUACUUGAGCGCCCAAACUAUGAAAAAGAUAGUAAGAAUUUUCUUUUUAAAGUAUACAAUAUUCUUGGCAAAAUCGAUUUAAUAUCAUGUAUAAGUAAAAACCUCAAUAAACUUAAUAAUUAUUAUAAAGUAAAUAAUAUAUAUUACGGAAAGAAAUUAAAAAUUCCUGAUACCAGAGGCAAUAAAAAUGAACACUUACUUGAAAGAAAUACCACUUUAGAGAAAGUCAAUAUUAAUUAUUCAGAUAAACUUAAGAAGAACUGCGGUUUAUCAAAAUAUGAAAUUCGAACAUAUGAUUUGUCUAAAAUCGAUGCUAUGGAUGAAUUACUUGUUUAUACAUUAAAUAAACUCCAACAAUUUUUUACAAAUACUAUAUUAAGCAAUAAAGGGAAACAUUCAGAAACAACUGUAGAAAACCUAAGUGAUGCAAUACAUAUUACAAAAACGCUACUCGAUUUAUGUAAGAAUAUCUCUUACAUUCUUGUAUUUUUUAAAGAAAAUAGGAUAAAGGAUGAUUCGACAUUGUUCAACUUGUAUUUUACGUUCUGCUUCGACUUUAUGGAAUACACAGAUAUCCGUUGCAACAGUGCGUUUCAUAACAUACCAGCUGCUAAUAAUUUUAAAACCGAGUGGAAAAAUUGUAAGUGGGAGUCGUUGAAAAAUCUUUGGACGUAUAAUAUAUUUAUAACAACUACUCAGGUUCCAAUAAUAAAAAACGACAAGGACUUGAAAAAUAAAGAUUGUAUACACUAUUACAUAAACUACCUAGUGACCCUCUAUGAUGUCAUCAAAAUGUUCGACAAACAAAUAGGCGUAUGGACCACGUUUCAGUGGUUGAGCGGUAAAUAUUUUCUUACCGAAAAUUUCGAAAACGUAGAUAUGAAUGAGUUAAAAUUGAAAAAUAUAAAUAUUAAAAACGUAAAUAUGAGUUUAUCAGUGGCGUAUUAUGCGCUAUUACCGUGGAGUAUAAACACAUUCCCUGUAGGCCUACUUCAUAAUAUGAUAUUACAGCAUCUAAACAGAACAAUGAAUACGUAUGUUUACAGAUACGCUCUAAUUAUAGAUUUGUACUUAAAGCGCACAAGUAGCAGUGUCAAUUCUCACGUUUUACAAAGCAUACGAGAUAGUGUUCGGUGGUAUACGGGCGGGACAGAAAUAUUUUACAAAUAUCUUAAUUUACCUUUGUACACUGAUAAAGACCCACAGAAUGAGUCUUUACCACCUGUUGACCAUAAUAUGAUAUUACAGCAUCUAAACAGAACGAUGAAUACGUACGUUUACCGAUACGCGCUGAUUAUAGAUUUGUACUUAAAGCGCACAAGUAGCAGUGUCAAUUUUCAUGUUUUACAAAACAUACGAGAUAGUGUUCGGUGGUAUACGGACGGGACAGCAUUGUUUUACAAAUAUCUUGAUUUACCUUUGUUCACUGAUAAAGACCCACAGAAUGAAUCCUCACCAUCUUUUGAAAUAAAAAGUAUCAUUUUAAGAAUAAAAUAUAUGGACGAUAUCGGUAAAAUAAGUCUUAACGAUAUCAUUCCUAAAGAUGUACAAGACGAUUUUUUGAAAUGGUCCGACACCGAACUUCCCGAUAACGAUGACGGAUAUCAACAAUUCAACACUGUUAUAAAUAAGAAUUGCAUGGACGCUAUGGACUACAUGAGUACAUUCCUUUCGAUCGCAGUAAAGUCUUUGGACAUAAAAUCCGAAUUCUAUCCUCCUCCAAUUACGUACACCGAAUACUGUCCGGAAAAUAUAUUUAAUGUUAAAUCAGUCGAAAAUCCUAUAAGGGUAUUUAAAUUAAGUACUUAUUUUAUUUUUUAAGAAUUUAAACUUAAUUUUAGCUACUGGCAUAAAUGUGUAUUCACUACGAAUUUUAAUAUACAUUUUUAACAUUUAAAAUGUCUAUUUACUGUGAUUAUUAAGUGCAUCUAUAUCUUCCUUUAAUGUAAUAUUAUAAUUUUUAAAUCUAAUGAACGACGAAAAUAUAAAUGUAUUUAUUUUAUUUUAAAUUUAGUAAUGUCAUAGUAUCAUACAACGGAUAUUUGUAAAGGACUAC